GGCUGUUAGCUGACGUCAUAAAGACACGACGGGUACACGCAAAAAGGACGCGCCUGUGAGAACCGGUUGCGGGGAGGGUAGCUUGUACUACACAGUACUUGCACCGAGUUCAAACGACUUCAGGCUUUGUGACUUUUAGACAACGAGAACAAGUGCCCGCAGGAUUUUUAGGUGGUCCAAAACAAACAUCUAUAGAUGCUAACAAGUUCAAAUGAACUAUGAGCAGCUGGCUAGCUCCAUAAACAUCUCAUCAGCCCAGGGACAUGAUAAGCACACCCAGAGAGUUUGCAUGCCUUCAACUGGCCAACUUAUAACCCCCAGGUGGCUUUUAGGGCCUGUGGCUGCUCAGAAAUCAGGGAAACAUUCAGCUUUAAUGUAAUAAUUGGUAACUAUUUUAUUUCCAUCCUUAUACAUUAUAGCUUUAAACAAUUAAAAAAUGUGAACAUAAAUACAAACAUUCAUGAGGGCACUGUAUUGUUUUAAAGGACUGAUGACGAAAUAACAGAGGAAACCUCGUAGCUAAUUUGUUGCAACAAAUGGCAUUCCAUGAAUUUUAAGUCAAAAAGCAUAAACUGAGAGCCAAUGCUCUUUAUGCAGGAGCAUGUCCCUCAUCUAUUGAUUUUAACCAAAUGAUUCCUGUCUAUAUUAAUUCAAUUUUGGAGAGAAAAACAGCUUAGCUUUUCAACCAGACAUGACUGACAAUGUGAGCUCCAGAGUUGACACCCCAACCAACAUUUCCCUGAGUCCCAGCAUUGCCAUUUCUCAGUCCCUGGAGUACAAGACAGUGUCUGUAUUCUUAGUCCUGCUUGUGUGUGGUGUCGGCAUUGUGGGAAAUAUAAUGGUGGUCCUUGUUGUCCUGACCACCCGGCACAUGAGGACACCUACAAAUUGUUACCUGGUGAGCCUGGCCAUUGCUGACCUGACUGUACUAGUAGCAGCGGGACUUCCCAACAUCUCAGACAGUCUCAUGGGAACCUGGGUGUUUGGGCACGCUGGCUGCUUAGGAAUCACCUACCUGCAGUAUUUGGGCAUCAAUGUGUCAUCGUGCUCCAUCACCGCCUUCACUGUGGAAAGGUACAUUGCUAUCUGCCAUCCAAUUAAGGCUCAGACUGUGUGCACAGUUUCCAGGGCCAAGAGGAUUAUUGCAGGGGUUUGGAUCUUCACCUGUGUUUACUGCAUAUUAUGGUUUUUCCUUGUGGAUAUUCAGGUGAGCCUGGAUGGACAUGUUCAGUGUGGCUACAAGGUCAAGCGGGAGCUGUACCUGCCUAUCUACCUCAUCGACUUUGCCAUUUUCUAUGUUGUCCCAUUACUUCUCGCUAUCGUGCUCUACGGACUGAUAGCACGGAUUCUCUACCUUGGCCCUCUGCCAAACCAACCUGAAACAAGUGCCACCACAUUGCGACAAAGCUGUCGGGAGGUCACAGAACUGGGAAAAAGGGGUCGUCCUCGACGCCCUAGAAGUGCACUCUCCUCCAGGAAACAGGUUACAAAGAUGUUAGCUGUUGUGGUGAUCCUAUUCGCUCUGCUGUGGAUGCCCUAUCGAACAUUAGUUUUGAUCAACUCUUUUGUGUCCACACCCUAUCUCGAUGCCUGGUUCCUAUUAUUUUGUCGGACGUGCAUUUAUGCCAACAGUGCAAUUAAUCCAGUGAUUUACAAUGCCAUGUCUCAGAAGUUUCGCUCAGCAUUCCGUGGGCUGUACCACUGCAAGCAGCAAGAAGGAAAGCAGAGGACACUAUCAGCCAUUCCUGCAGGCUUCAGUAUAGUCCGUGACCCACGUACAUCCCUGUCCAAUAAUAGCGGAAUGAAUGAAGAAGUCAAAAGAGCCACUCUAAAUACUGCAACAGAUGUAAACAAAAAACGUGGAAAUGAUCAGCCAGAGACAAUUGUGAUCAACGGCAACGAAGCAGACAAUUUGAUCAGAUCAGCAACUUAUUGUUUAGACAUUAGUUCCGUUGACACCUCUGUGCUAACUGAUGUUAAGGGUUCGCCGUCAAAUGAUGACACAAUUCAUACUCCUGACACAUAUACAACAAAGACUGAGUUGGAGACUAUGUGAAUGUUUACACAAGUUUGAUCACAUAUUAGAAUUUGAAAUUCCCAUAUCCGAUUUGAUGUAGAAUAUUUCCCCUACAGUCAAUGACCUGUGUCCAAAAUAAUUAAAGAGUAAAAGACUGCUUUUUUAAUACAGUUUAACCUUGACAUACAAUCGUAUCGACAUACAAUCCUUUCGACAUCCGACGUAAAAUCUGACAUAUCAUUUGUCUCGACAUAUGACGACAUGCUUGAAAUACGACAAUUUGAGACAGCGUCUCAAUUUCAAGACGGACGCACGGCGGAUUUUCUUGUAAGAAAAUUAACAUUAGUCCCAAGAACGUUAGUGCAAGUGGUGAAAAAACAAAAAAGGUGACGCUUAGCAUUGAAAUUAAGAUGGAAAUGAUUGAAGAAUACAGUAUGAGCAUAGUGUGUGCUUCAGUGAACUGGCUCGACAAUACGGCUGGAAUAUGUGUACGAUUUCGAUGAUCCUCCUUCGACCUCCAUUUACCACUCUUUAUAAGUUGAGGUGACAAUUAAAGUGGUACCUCGACAUAUAAUCGCUACGACACAUGAUCUUUUCGACGUCCGACGUAAAAUUUGACUUGCCAUUUGUUUUUACAUCCGACGACAUGCUCUAAAUAUGACGAUCUAUGACAGCACCGCAGUUUCUUUGUUUUCCUGCAAGACGGACGCAUGAUGAUUUUCCUGUGAGAGAAAUCAACAUGGGUUCCAACAAUGUUAGUGCUGGUGGUGAAAAAAGGAAAAAGGUGAUGCUUACCAUCAACAUGAAGAUGGAUAUGAUAGUAAAAUAUGAGCGUGUGGUGAGCAUCGGUGAUAUGUCUCGCUAAACAAUACAGCCUUAGACGGUCUAUGACGGUCCUCCUCCGUUCGCCAGUCUUCAUAAGUUAAAGUGGCAAUUAUUAUUGUGGUAACAUCGCCAAAGAAAUCAAGCAGCUUCGUCAGGUUUCUAAUCAUUUAUUCCAUCAACUUGUACAACACAACACGCCUAGUGUCCUCUGCAGUAAAUAAAGUGAAACUAAAAAGGCUCACUCUAUCAAGUCAGCCACGCGAUGCGUUCAGAUACACCAUGCAAACACAUUUGCCACAUUAGAACCUGGUUUGUUACAUUAUUACAGAUAUUAUUAUACUAU